UGCAGCAGUAGCAACAGCAACGCCACCGUCAGCGGAGCGGGGGGAUUGGGGAUCCCUGCUCACCUCACCCUCUCCUUCUCGGCCGGGCCGCACUGGGGCGCGGCGACUCUGCCGCAGCCACACACGGUGCGCAGCCUGGACCGGGCCCUGGAGGAGGCGGGCAGCUCGGGCAUCCUCUGCCUCAGCGGGAGGAAGCUACGCGACUUUCCCGGCAGCGGCUACGACCUCAGCGACACCACUCAAGCAGAUCUUUCCAAGAACAGAUUCACUGAAAUUCCUCCUGAUGUCUGGCUGUUUGCUCCACUAGAGACUCUAAAUUUGUACCACAACUGCAUCAAAUCCAUUCCAGAAUCCAUCAAAAACCUGCAGAUGCUCACAUACCUUAAUAUUAGUCGAAAUCUCUUAUCAACGCUGCCAAAAUACCUGUUUGAUCUUCCACUGAAAGUUCUGGUUGUCAGUAAUAACAAGCUGGUCUCCAUUCCAGAGGAGAUUGGGAAGCUGAGAGAUCUGAUGGAGUUGGAUAUCAGCUGCAAUGAGCUUCAGGUUCUUCCCCAGCAGAUAGGAAAAUUACAGUCACUUAGAGAAUUAAACAUAAGAAGAAACAAUCUCCAUAUGUUGCCAGAUGAACUGGGAGACCUCCCCCUGGUAAAGCUGGAUUUUUCUUGUAAUAAAAUUUCAGAAAUCCCCAUUUGUUACAGAAAAUUACGGCACUUACAAGUGAUAGUUUUGGAUAACAACCCAAUGCAGAUCCCACCAGCACAGAUAUGUUUAAAGGGUAAAGUACAUAUAUUUAAAUUCCUCAGCAUCCAGGCAUGCCUCAGGAUAGAUAAAAAGCCAGAUUCCUUGGAUCUUCCCUCGUUAGGGAAACGAAUCCCCUCCCAGCCACUCACAGACAGCAUGGAGGACUUCUAUCCCAAUAAAAAUCAUGGACCAGAUUCUGGCAUUGGCAGUGAUAAUGGUGAUAAAAGGUUGUCCACAACAGAACCAUCUGAUGAUGAUACCAUCAGCCUUCACUCCCAGGUGUCAGAAUCCACGAGAGAACAGACCUUAAGGAAUGACAAUCAUGUCAUGGGAAGCAAACUGGAUCCACAGAAAGACCAGGAGCUUUAUGAUUACAUUGAUCCAAGCGCAGAGGAGGGAGCUGUCCCUGAGCAGAGAGAUGUGCAGAUUGGACCCUUGCUGUCUUACAUCAAGGAACGAGGGAAACAUCCUGAGAAAUCCCAGAAAAUAGAGCAGAACGAGGACUGGGCAGAUGAGAAAAGACUUCAGAAGGAGCAGCUGCUGGCAGAAGAUGAUGAUGAACUGAAAGAAGUGACUGACUUGAGAAAAAUAGCAGCUCAGUUGCUGCAGCAAGAACAAAAACACAGACGGAGGCCAUUAAGCUAUAGGACUUCAUUCAGUGAAAAACUCUUCCAGAGGACCAGGGCAGCAGGACGUGCAUCAAGGCUUCUGAAUCAUUCAGUUUCAGUAAAUGCAAGGAACAGGCCAAAGCAGCAAAUGGAGUCUGAAAAAUGUGUCUCAACAGAUGAAGUGAAUUCCUCUGUGUCCCCAUACAGCUGGCAGCCCUUAGACAACCAGAAGGAUCCAGCGGAUGAGCAGCGCUGGCCAGAAAUACAGCCAGUGAUAUGGCAGAAUGAAGAGAGGAGGAGAAGUAAACAGAUCAGAAAAGAGUAUUUCAAGUACAAGUCUUCCAGGAAGAGUUCGAGUGGCAAUGAAAAUGAUGAGCAAGACAGUGAUAAUACUAAUGUGUCCCCACAGUCUCCUGUGUCGUCUGAGGAUUAUGAAAGGACAGAGAGUAACAUUCAUGGUCCAUUUGGUCUCAAGCCAAGGUCAGCUUUCAGCCGUGCAUCCCGCCAGGACUACGGAGCAGUGGAUCCUGGAUUCACCAUGAGGAGGAAGAUGGAGCAUUUGAGGGAGGAGAGGGAGCAGAUAAGGCAGCUGCGCAACAACCUGGAGUCGAGGCUGAAGGUAAUCCUGCCAGAUGACAUAGGAGCAGCCUUGAUGGACGGGGUCGUCCUUUGCCAUUUAGCCAACCACAUCAGACCUCGUUCCGUCGCCAGCAUCCACGUUCCAUCGCCAGCAGUGCCUAAACUCAGCAUGGCCAAGUGCCGAAGAAAUGUUGAAAACUUCCUUGAUGCUUGUAAAAAAUUGGGCGUUCCACAGGAGAGACUUUGCUUGCCUCAUCACAUUCUGGAAGAAAGGGGUCUGGUGAAGGUUGGCCUCACAGUUCAAGCUCUGCUUGAGCUGCCUGCAUUGAAAGUAUCUCAGCUUUCCUCCAUGUGACUUCUGGGAAGCUGAACAACUUAACCAUUCCAUGACUUCAGCUGGAUUGCUCUGGGGCACUUCAGCUUCCAACAUGGGAGCAUCCAAGCCAUCAAAGACCAUUGUCUGUCCAGAACCUUGCUUUGGAGCUAUAGGUGAACAGCUUGGAGCCAGCUGCCAGUUACAAGAACGUCAUAACUCUCCUUUUCUUCCGUGAUGGGAUGCAGAAGGAGAGUCAGGUAGCCUCCAGUUCUCUUUCCAGUCCAUUUGGGUUCAAAGCUGGACAUCUCACAGUGUUACAGUUACAUGCUGGAUUUCUUUUCCUAUUACUUUAGAAGUACCAAGCACACCCACCCCCACACCCCCCUCCCCUUCCCCUUUCAAGCCAGUCAUUUUAUUUCAGAGGAAGACAAAACAAUGCUGGUGGUGGCACAACAGCACAGCUGUGACCAACUGAACACUUCCAGCACACUUCCACUCUCUCAAGAAAGAGAAUUUGUGUCCUUUAGGGUAUUUUCUUUUGCACUCCUGUUUGUAAUUUCCACAUUUCUAACAUUGCCAGUAUUUAGUCUCUGAGUGUUUGGUGACUCUACAAAGCAGCUUGCAACGAGGGGAAAGGACACAUUUUUAAUGAGUUUCUUCUUUCUAGGUUGGUGCCAAAUAUUUGCUUUCCUUUUUUGUUUUGUUUUUCAGUUGUACUGUAGAUUGUUUACAUGUGAAGUGCCUGUGGAAUUGAUAACUCUUUCAUAGUCUUAAAACAUUUUGGACAUUUCUUGGGUUUAAAAAAAACCAACAAAAAAACAAACCAUAGAUAAAAAUGGGGAAUUUUUUACAUAUUUUAAUAGGUUGGGGUUGGGUUUUUUGUUUUUUGGGGGGGAACUCUGAAGGCUUCAGUAAUACUUCACAUUUUUGGAUGUUGGGUGGUUGGUUGGUUUAAGUUUGCACAGUUUGACUUGCUGAUUUUAUUGUCUGAAGAAUUAGAAGAUAGUUGUAAAUACUCUUUUAUUUAUGAUAUUUAAUUGGAGAGUACCUAAUCACUUUUUGGGUGGGUUUGGUUUGGGGUUUUUUUUUGGAGGGGUUUAAUGUGUUGUUGGAUUUUAAAAAACAAAGCAAAACACCACGAGAGAAAAAAACACACAGGGGAAAAAAAAGGAAAAGUUGUCUGCUUUUCUUUGUCUGGGAGAAGGAGAUCCACAGGGUGAGGAAGGCCUGAGGACUGGGGGUGCAUAGAGGAGUGCAGUAGAGAUGCGUCCCAGAGGAGGACUAGAGAUGCAUCCCAGAGGAGGACUAGAGAUGCAUCCCAGAGGAGGACUAGAGAUGCAUCCCAGAGGAGGACUAGAGAUGCAUCCAAAGGGGGAUGCUCCCUCAGCCUCUCGUCAUAGGGUUUGUGCUCCAGGCCCCUCCCCAGCCUUGCUGCCCUUCUCUCAACACCUUCCAGAUCUGCAGCAUUCAAUGCAGUAAGGACAUGGUGCUGAUGGAGCUGGUCUAGAGGAGCCCACGAAAAUGAUGGAGCUCCUCUGCUAUGAGGACAGGCUGAGGGAGUUGGGGGUGUUCAGCCUGGAGAAGAGGAGGCUCCUGGGACACCUAAUAGUGAACUUCCAGUACCUGAAGGGGACUACAGGAAGGAUGGAGAGGGUCUGGUUAUAAAGGCUUGCAGGGACAGGAUGAGUGCAAUGGCUUCAUACUAGAGAAAAGUAGAUUUAGGUUGGGUGUUAGGAACAAAUUCUGCACCAUGAGGGUGCUGGAACACUACAGCAGGUUGCCCAGGGAGGUGGUUGGGGCGCCAUCCCUGGAGAUACUCAAGGUGAGGCUCAACAGGGCUCUGGGCAACCAGAUCUGGUGGAGGAUGUCCCUGCUGAGUGCAGAGGGAGUUGGACUGGAUGAGCUUUGGAGGUCCCUUCCAACCCAUCCCAUUCUGUGACUGUAUGAAACAAGCUGCUCCACAUCUCAGAGUUCAACACCACUGCUGCUUGUGCAGAGUUUGGUUACAGCACAGCUCCUGGAGAGGCUGCAUCAAAAUUCAUUUGCACAGUCCUAGAUACCAACCCCAGGUUAUGUAAACAGUUGUUUCAUCCUUUGGUGUAAGGAAACUGGAUUGCUCUGACCUUCAAAAUGCUGCAUUUUGUGACUCUCUAAUGGAUUUUAAAGCAUUCACAGAAGACUUUGGGGGUCUGUUUUUUUAACAGCUUCCAUCUCUACUUCUCCUUAAGAGCAAUAUCGGAGAAGUCAGGCUGAGAGGAGAAAGAAUAAUCUCACUCAUUUGGCACAGUGCUGCUUGUCUGCUACAUUUGGAGAGCAUAACCACUCCAAAAGAAGUAGUCACUCUCUUCAUUCCUUGCCCAGGGUCUUGAGAACAGCCAAUUUCUCUUUCAUUGGGUCAGCCACUGGAAUUGUCAACUGCCAUUUUCACUUAUCAGCCUUAAAGUGACCCACACCACUCUGUUGUUGUCAUUUAGAGGUUUUCUGAUCUUAAAGAUAACUUUUUUACCCUACUAGAACUAAAUUUGUCCAGCUGUACCAGGCUGUAAACAGGAAACAUUCCCUUGAUGGAGCAUGGCAGAUGCUUACCAGGUUGGGGGUUUAAGAUUAGCUGAUCUCUAAGGAACUUGAGGUUCAUUUCAGAUCCACUUUUCAUUCCCAACUGUUGCUCUGCCAAUGGUAAAAUAACUUCCUUUUUGUUGUUGUUGUUAUUUAAUUCUCUGGCAUUCUUCCCCACAAACUUGUUAGGAACAGUCUAUUCCUUGGAAAUUACCAUUGCCUUCUUCAUCCUUAUGGGGAAGGAUAAUUAUGGCUCUCCUAGGGCUUCAUUUUUAGCAUUGCAAAGAUCCAAGCACCCUUAGCAGCAGUCUGAGGAGAGGUCUGCUCUGCUUUGUCUUUCUUCAGCUGAAGACUUGCUGAAAGUGCUGCUCCCAUCUUUGUUUUUAUCUGUCUUUUUUUAGGAGCAAUUGCAAAAUCAAAUGCUGAAAGAACUUUGUAAUGUGAAGUUAGGAUUUGAAAGCAGCCUAUGGAAGCUGCUGCUGUCUUCUCUAGAAAAGAAUUUGCCCACUCUCCCUUCUCCCUGGCCAUUGGGUUCCCAGCAUCUUACUGUCAUUUGUUUGCAGAUCUAGUGGCUGCAUGGAGGCAGAGAACAGCUUGACUUGGAAGGGACCUUAAAGGCUCCAACUCCCUGCCAUGGGCAGAGACACCUCCCAUUAGAGUCCAGGCCACUCAAAGCCUCAUCCAGCUUGGCCUUCAACACCUCCAGGGAUGAGGCACCCACAACCUCUCUGGGCAACCUGUGCCAGUGUCUCCCCACCCCACUCUAAAGAAUUUCUUCCUCAUCCCCACUCUCACUCUCCCCUCUCCCAGCUCAAAGCCAUUGUCCCUCAGUCUGGCACUCCCCAAUCCCUCUCAAAACUCCCUCCUCAACUCUCCUGAAGUCCCCUUCUGGUACUAGAAGGCUGCUCUAAGGCUCCCUGGAGCCUUCUCCAGGCUGAACAGCCCCAACUCUCCCAGCCUGUCUCAGCAGUGUGGAUGCUCUCUCCAACAGUUCUGGGUCCUUGUGCAGGGGCUCCAGAUCUGGACACAGGAGCCCAGAUGGAAUCUAACCAUAGCAAAGAGGAGAGACAGAAUCGCCUCUCUUGACUUCACAUGGUUCAUUAUUUCAUCCCCCUUUGUUCUCCUUUAUCUUCUGGUGAACUGCUGUGAUUCCAGAGUCCCUGCUUCCAACACUGAGUCUAUUUCUGAGAUACUCUUUCCCUGUUCUCUUUUGGCUGCAGUGUCAUCACUUAACUCUUGGUACAGCUGGCAGGAUGGUUCAGAGCAGAGACCUACCCAACUCCUAUUGUGGCUACUCUGUUUUCACUGGGAAGGUGACAAAGAGUCACCAUUAAGAGCUUUAGGAAACUGGAUUCAGUUCUCCUAAUUUCAGAGGAUGCUUUUGUUAGUGCUCUCCAAAGUCGCUGCAAUAACUUGGCUUGAAGGGAAACAUCAGAGUGAGUCAGCAGAGAGCUUCUGACCUUGAGCACUUUGUGUCUCACUUCGGGUCAUUGGCUGCAAUGUGGCAAACAGAAAUGGCCUUUCAUGUUAGCAAUAAUGGCCCAGAUAUUGUGUGGUCUUCUAGCAGAGGCAUUAAAAGUACUUGCUGUGAAGUGUGGUGAGUACCCACACAGUAUCUCACUGAACGCUUCACAGCACACCCAGCGUGCUGGCUGGGGCACUGCUGGGUGGGCACCAGCUAGCCCCACGGAGCUGGAGGCCUUCCAAAGUGAACCAAGGAGGCUGUAAUAAAACCUGGAGGAAUAGAUUGGAAGCAAUAAACAACAAGGACAGGGUUCAUAAAGGAAUUCACAGACACCUCCACUCUCAGCUCCACCGCAGCCAAUGGCAGUUUUGCUCUUGGCUUCGGCGAAGGUUUCAGCUGUUUGAUUUGUGGAACACCUGAGCUGGAGACACUGGCAGGCAUGCAGCAGAGCUUUUGCCUUCUCCUCAGAAGGGAGACAACGUGUGGAAACUUCUUGGCAAGGCCUUGUAGUGACAGGAUGAAAGGCAGUGGCCUUCAGCUGGGAGAGGAGAGGUUGAGGCUGGAGAUGAGGAAGAAAUCCUUGAGAGUAAGGGUGGGGAGACACUGGCACAGGUUGCCCAGGGAGGUUGUGGCUGCUCCCUUCCUGGAGGUGGUCAAGGCCAGGUUGGAUGAGGCCUUGAGUGACCUGUUCUAGUGGGAGGUGUCCCUGCCUAUGGCAGGGGCUUGGAAUUGGAUGAGCUUUGAGGUCUCUUCCAACCUAAACUAUUCUGUGAUUCUAUGGUUCUAUAUUAAAGGAGGAGAACAACUGCACCUGGGUGGGAAUGUCACUGAUGUGGGGAGAAUUCCCAUUUUGGCAGGUUUAUGGUUGGACUGGAUGAUCUGAAAGGCUUUUUCCUGCCUAAGUGAUUCUGUGGCUUCAGUGAGACCAGAAUUUCCCUUGAGUUUGUAACUGAAACAUGGGAUAUUAUGGGCUGGAAGGGACCUCCAAAGGUCAUCUAGUCAGCACCUCUGCCAGAGCAGGGCUGCAACCUCAUGUCAGUCAUUUCAAAUGAACUCUUGGCACAGAUGAGGAUUCCCUCCCUUCCUUCCUUCAGAAUCCUGUGGAAUAAGGCAGACAGCAGUUGUUAACAGUCAUUGCACAGAGGCAGGCUGUGGAUCAGAGAAUACUUGGGAAUAAGGAGAAGGAUUUGCUUGUGUGGUUGCUUACUCUGGAAAGCUGAGCGAGGCAGUGAAGCGUUCCAGCGCUGCUGCGUCAGGUUUGGAUUCGGUUGUGCAGCACCCGGCGUGGGAGCUGCUGCUCCUUAAAUCUGGAUUCUCUUCACGGGGCUCCUGCAGGGCUGUGCUCUCUGCCCGCGGGGCUGUGCUCUCUGCCCGCAGGUGGUUGCUGAACGGAGGUGUUGCCCUGGGCCUUGCUGCAGCUGGGGCAAUCCCUUGGCUGUUGCACCGGCAGGUGCUGAAGGCUUUGGCUCCUCUGACCUCGAUGCUCUCCGAGGUCUUCUUCACCCAGAACAACUCCGAGGGGCACACAGAGGCAUUGCAGAGGCCUUUAGUGAGUGAUGCUGGGACUGAGCAGAGGCUCACAGGAUGUUAGGGGUUGGAAGGGACCUCUGGAGCUCUUCCAGUUCAGCUCCAAGCAUGAUGCGAAUGCUCUUUAGGAUCCCGUGGUGUGCAGGGCGAGGGGAGUGUGGCUGCUUUCCAGUUACCCUCUGGUGACUUGGGUUUGUACCUCCUGCUUCUAAACAUGAGAAUCAGCAAUGGAACCAAGCAAGGUGUCAACACGUGGAGGCCUUGAGAGGAGCCCUGCUGAGGCAGGGUUGGAGAGUGACCAUUGGAGGAAGAGAUGCUGACAUUUCUGUACAUACUUACACCACCUUUGAUAGUGCAUUUGGAGUCAUAUCUUUGCCUUUCAUGUUCUUGUAAAGUGCAUCUUCCACCCCUUUGAUGAUUGUCUACCUGUACAAUACUGGAUUGAAGUCUUUAUUUCAGGUCUUCCAUUGUUGCUGGAGCUUCCAACUUCAUAUUUCUUUGGAAAAAAAAUGCUCUUACUGUGAUGCUUUUUUUCCUUAUUUUUCCUUCUUUGCUUCCCCCCCUCCCUGUAAAUAGUUUGGGUGAUUUUUUUUUUUGCAUGGAUAACCCCCCACCUUUCCAAGCCCAGUGUACAUACUCUGUGUAUAAAAGACAAACUGUUUCAUAACUUUCAUAUAGGCAAGAUGCUCAAUUUGCUUUCACUUCAGUUUUUAUAUAUUUGUAGUAAAUACAAGAGUAAAGGAUGACAGUUUGUGGUA